UACUGUACAAGUUACAACUACAGACUGUUAACUGGUCAUUGACUAUUGAGACUGAUGUACGGAUGAACCGAUUUAUCACGGUGUCCUCCCCGUUCCUUUUGUAAUUUACUCGACGGUUGAUUCGCGUUUUUUUUCUUACUGAUCAUUUAAUUGUUCGAAAUGUUUUACCAUAAUUUUUACAAUGUGGAUCCGUUUAAGCCCACCAGUAUGGAAUUUAAUAUGUUUUCAUCGGAAGAAGUAAAAAAACUGUCAGUGGCACGUAUAGAUUCCCUUAUAUCAUUUACUCCUUUGGGCGAACCCGUACCCGGAGGAUUAUAUGAUGCGCGUCUCGGGUCUAUUCAUACAAACAGUGGCAAGUGCUCAACUUGUAAUCAAAAUGCAGUUCUGUGUUCUGGCCAUUUUGGUCAUAUUGAGUUACCUUGCCCAGUAAUCAAUCCAAUAUUUACCGCAGCAGUCAUUCACAUACUCAAGAUUAGCUGUUUAUCGUGCUACAAAGUAUUGUUACCACGAGAAACUACUAUAUUGUUGGCAGCACAGUUAAAGCUCCUUGAUAAUGGUCAACUUACAGAUGCCCACGACUUGGCCACAGAAAUAAAUGGUCUGAGUGAAGAUGACGAUAGAAAUUUGUCUGUUGAAGAACUAGAAACAUUUAUCAGUUUAUAUUUAAAAGAACGUUUACAAGAAAAUGAUGGGUCUUAUGUGAAGAGUGCUGAUGAAGUACGACAGGCUUUCAUUGCUGAAACCAUGAAUCAAGUUGCUCGACGAACUGGAUGUAUGCAUUGUAAACAACCACUUUCAUCUAUUUCUAAAUCAUUUUCAACAAUUACUAUUUCUCAUGCAGUUAAAUCAAAAAAAGAUAAAAAAAUUAAAGAAUAUUUGUUUCCAACAGAUAUAAGAGAGCAUAUGAGACAACUGUGGAUCAAUGAAAAACAUUUUAUAAGUGCUUUAUUACCAGUCUUAGCUGGUUUGAAAGUUGAAUAUCCUACAGAUAUUUGUUUUAUGUCUGAAGUACUUGUUACCCCUUCUAAUAUUCGUCCUAACUUAAUGGUUAAAGGAAAACUAAUCGAGAGUCCUAGAAAUUCAACUUACAAGUCUAUUUUACGAGAAGCCAAGGUAAUUCAAUAUAUAUGGUUAUUACGGGAUCAAAAAGAAGGCCAAGAAAUUUCAUCAGAAAUUACUGAACUUGUCAAUGAAAGUCAAGGAAAAGAUAGUGUAGAAAAGAUCCAAAUUAGUAUGCAUAAUUUACAAAUGUGUGUUGAUGCUCUUUUGGAUGGAAGUUUGUAUAAAUCUUAUAAUAUUAAAGAUCAAACAAUUAGAAUCGGGUUAAAACAAUUAUUGGAAAAAAAAUCUGGUAUUAUACGUCAAAAUAUGAUGGGUAAACGUGUUGAUUAUUUUGCACGUUCGGUUAUUACACCCGAUCCUUAUUUAGACACUGAUGAAAUUGGCAUACCAGUUGAAUUUGCUAAAAAAUUAACUUAUCCUGUAGCUGUUACUGACUGGAACAAUAAAGGAUUACAUGGAGUUGUAUUAAAUGGCCCAAAUCAUUAUCCAGGUGCAAAUAUGAUUGAAACAGAUGAAGGAAUUGUAAAAUGGUUAUCUGCUACAAACAAAUCACGCAGAGAAGCUUUAUCAAAAACCCUUUUUUACAAAGGUCCAAAUUCUAGAGGUCCUCAAAUUGUUCAUAGACAUGUGAUUGAUGGGGAUAUGAUGCUUGUUAAUCGACAGCCAUCUUUACACAAACCUAGUAUUAUGGCACAUAGAGUUAAGGUUUUAAAAGGAGAAAAAACAUUAAGAUUACAUUAUGCUAAUUGUAAAGCUUAUAAUGCUGAUUUUGAUGGUGAUGAAAUGAAUGCUCAUUUACCUCAAAGUGAAUUAGCAAAGUGUGAAGCUAAGGAAUUAGCCAGUGCUGUUUACCAAUAUUUAGUACCUCGUGAUGGUACUCCAUUAAGUGGACUUAUACAAGAUCAUAUUAUAUCAAGUGUGAGAAUGACUAUCAGAGGACGUUUUUUUACUCGAAGAGAGUAUAUGCAUUUUGUAUAUCAAGCAUUAAGUUCAUUAGAUCGUGAAAUUAAGACUGUUCCUCCAGCUAUCAUUAAACCUGUAAUGUUAUGGUCUGGUAAACAAAUUAUUUCUACAUUAAUUAUUAACUUGACUCCUUUUAAUCAAAAAACAUUCAUAAAUUUAAUGUCCAAAUCUAAACUUGAACAAAAAUGUUGGAGAAAUCCAAAUAAUUAUGAAUACCCAGAUUUAUUAUCUGAAUUCAAUUUUAUUGUACGGAAUGGUAAUUUAUUAUCAGGAAUUCUUGACAAAAAUCAUAUUGGUGCUUCUACUUACAGUUUGGUGCAUUGUUUCUUUGAACUAUAUGGUGGAAAAUAUUCAGCACAGUUACUAAGUGCAUUCAGUAAAUUAUUUACUGUUUAUCUACAAUGCGAUGCCUUUACUUUAGGCGUAGAAGAUAUAUUAGUGACUGAAAAAGCUGAUCAUCUACGUCAAACUGCUAUUGAUGAAUCUAAAACUGCUGGAACAUUAGCUGCUCAAGAAUCUCUUGGUAUUGAAUAUAUAGACGAAGAAGCAAUGAAUAUUAAAUUAGCCGAAUCAUACAGCAAAAGUAACCACUUCGCCAUACUAGUUGAUAGAAAUUACAAAAAACAUCUACAGCCAUUUACUAAUAAAAUAACUAGAGCUUGUAUCCCCAAAGGAUUACUUCAACCGUUCCCUAAUAAUAACUUACAGCUAAUGGUACAAUCGGGAGCAAAAGGAUCUACUGUAAACACUAUACAGAUAUCAUGUUGUUUAGGGCAAAUUGAGUUAGAAGGUAAAAGACCACCUAUGAUGAUAUCUGGUAGAACUUUACCAAGUUUUCCGCCAUUUGAUACACUACCUAAAGCUGGAGGAUUUAUAGGUAGUAGAUUUAUGACUGGCAUUCAACCCCAAGAAUUUUUUUUUCAUUGCAUGGCUGGGCGUGAAGGUCUUAUCGAUACAGCUGUUAAAACAAGUAGAAGUGGUUAUUUACAGCGUUGCUUGAUUAAACAUCUUGAAAGCCUCAUUGUCAAUUAUGAUAUGACUGUUAGAGAUAGCAAUGGAAGUAUUGUGCAGUAUUUAUAUGGUGAGGAUGGUUUAGAAGUUACCAAAAGCAGUUUUUGCAAUGAAAAGCAGUUUGGUUUCCUAGCUAGCAAUGUAAAUUCUUUCAAAGCUCUUAAAAAAAUCAGAAAUGAUGAAUGUUACAAAGAACUUGAUAAAAAACUAGAAGAAAUCAAGUCUGCUAUGAAAAUAAAAAAAACUAUAAAUAGGGAAAGUGAAUUUUUAAGUUGGUGUAAACAAACUUCUAAAGUAAAAAAGAAUUCAAAAAUUAAAAAUGGUCGUUGUGCACAAGACUUAAGAAUGUGUAAAAAGUGGUAUGAAAUGGAUGAAGAUGUUAAAAAGUCUUAUACUGAAAACAUACAAAGAAUACCUGAUCCUGUUGGAGCAACUUUUCACCCUGGAGGACACUAUGGCUUAUUAUCAGAAAAAAUGGAUUCAUCAAUUAAUAAAUAUUUUGAUACUAAUAAUGGAUUGAAUGACGAUGACAAACUAAUUGCAAAAGAAUCAAUUCGUCUCAAAGCUAUGGCAGCCACAGCUGCAGCUGGUGAACCAGUGGGUUGUAUUGCUGCCCAAUCUGUGGGCGAACCAUCAACACAGAUGACAUUGAAUACUUUUCACUUUGCUGGUCGUGGUGAAAUGAAUGUCACCCUAGGUAUUCCUAGACUACGUGAGAUAUUAAUGAUGGCUACAAAAACUAUUAAAACUCCAUCAAUGGAAAUACCAUUUUUCCCGUCUGAAAAUGUUCAAAAUGAAGCAGAAUUUUUAAGGAAAUUAAUGACUAAAAUAACAUUGAAAGAUGUUUUAUCAAAAGUUCAAGUUCGAGAAAAAGUAAUAUUAAAUCCAGUUAGACAUAUGCAAUAUGAUUUAACAUUGCAUUUAUUACCACAUCGUUGCUAUGAAUCUAUAACCCAUGUAACACCAAGAGCUGUCAUGAGAUUCAUUAAAAAUACAUUUUCAGAAAACUUAAAAAGAAUGUUCGUUAAAAAUUUGUCAAAAAAUUUUAGUGGAGAAUUAAUUUCUGAACAAACUAAAAAUGCGAUUAAAAUAAAUAGAGAAAAGAAUAAUGACAAUGAUGAAAAUGCAUUAUUAGAUGGAAUUGAACCCCAAGAAACUAAAACUAAAAAUCAAGUUGAUUCUGAUAGUGAAUCUGAAGCUGGUGAAUUUGAUUCAGCGGCCAUGAAAAGAAAAGCACAGACAGAAGAGUAUGAUUAUGAAAAAGAUGAAGAUGAUCCAAUGAGUGAUGAAGAAGCUGAGAUAAAUGAAAAACAAAACGAAUGUGAUACCUCAGAUAUUAUAAAAAAUAAACUUAUUAAUGAUAAAGAUAGUAUAUUAAAUAGUGAAAUUGACUUAGAAGAUGAAAAUAAUGAAGAUUUUAUUAAUAAUAAAGAUUAUUCUCAAAUUGUAAUCGAUGUCAAAUGUGAUAAGAAACCAUAUAAAUUUGCUUAUAUUCAAGUAUCUAUACCUUUGGAAUUCAAAAGAAUAGACUUAACAGCUUUAAUUAAAGAUUUGAUGGAUCGAGUGAUUAUUCACGAAAUACCUGGUAUCAAUAGAGCUAUUUUAACUGAAGAAGACGAUAAAAUAAUAUUAAAAACUGAGGGUUCACGUGGUGUAGCAGAGCUUUUUAGGUUUAAUAAUAUUUUAAACUUAAAUUCAUUAUACUGUAAUGAUAUACAAAUGAUGUUGAACACAUAUGGUAUAGAAGCAGCCAACAGGGUUAUUAUUAAAGAAGUAAAAAAUGUAUUUAAGGUUUAUGGUAUUAAUGUAGAUACCCGACAUUUAUCAUUAAUAGCUGAUUAUAUGACUUAUGAUGGCAAGUAUAAAGCAUUAAAUAGAGUUGGUAUGAAUGGCUGCCCAUCACCAUUGCAACAAAUGUCAUUUGAAUCUACUCUUAAUUAUUUGAAAAAAUCUACAGUUCGAGGAUUAAAAGAUAAUCUAGUUUCACCUUCGAGUACUCUUAUUAUUGGUCAACAAGCUCAAAUUGGAAGUGGACUUGUUAAAUUAUUAUGGCAAUAAUUUCACUAGAAAUUGUAAUAACUGAUCUUUUAAUUUUGUUAUUUUAAAUAAAGUAUGUAUUUUUAA